AUGGCGCUCUCGGUGCCGGUCAACGGGGUGAAGGAAGAGGGCGACAAGCAGCCUCUCAUCGAGCUCUUCGUCAAGGUAAAAGGUGCUCCUUGGGGGUGGUGUGCUUCCCUCCUCCCCCCAGCCUUUAUUAAGCAGCGCCCCCCCCCUCGGGUAGUGUGUGGUUCAUCCCUGCUCCUUAUUGAGGUAGUCGACUUGACUCGCCUUACUCCACAUCGCCAUGGUAUUUCUCAUGCACGCUCCUGGGUCCACUCUAUUAUAAUCCCGGGGGGCUCUCAAAGCGGCUUACAAAACACUAUGGCAGUAGAAGCCGCAUGCAAAUUUGGUGCCUGGGAACAGAAAUAGCGCGAGGUGCCUCGGAUGUGUCAUUUCUUGCUCUCAUCCUUGGUCUUAACCUUCAGCUUCUACAUACUCGGCGAAAGAGCCCGUUGAAGAUCUCUAAGGCAAGGGAGUGGGGGCUGAGCAGCUGGCUUAUAGUCCAUGGUGGGGGCCGCUCCCUCUCUUUUCCUCGUUGAGGGAGUCGACUUUGCUUUCUGCAAUACCCCACAGCAGUUCUCAAUCUCAGCAUUUCCCUAUGGCGUUCCCUCUCCAGGAGAGGCUGUGUCCAGAGCUGGAGUUUGGGGAGGGGCAGUCUGGUUCUGUGCGUGGGUAUUUGGAAAUAAUUCCCAGUGAACUCAGCGGGACUUAACUUCCAAGGAAGUGUUCCGUGGGUUGAGUAUAAGACAAGGAAAUUGUGGAAGCAGCAAAACAAUGUGUGUUGUAUGGACAGAUUCUCCUCGCCCUUCCACACAGUCAUCUCUUCAUUUCUGUGCCUUUAAACCUGUUGGCUAGAUACUGUACAGAUUAUUCCAUACUUUAUUAUAGAAAUGAAGACUAGAACUUUAUAAAUAGCAUGGGUACUGAUCAGCCUGACACUGACUUCUCAUAUCCCUCUUUCUCUGUGGGUUCUGCUGCACAUUCUUCAUAAAAAUACAAUUCUGUCGUGCAAUUUGUCAGUUUGGUGAUGGGGUCGGAAAGCUUUUCCCCUGCAGGUCUUUUGAUUUUGUGACAUGCGCCCUUCCAUCCCAACAUUCCUCAGCUAAUCCUUAGUUGUCUUCCAGUCUAACCCAUAUAUCCCCUGAAGGUUGUCUAUACAGUGGUACCUCUGGUUAUGUACUUAAUUCGUUCUGGAGGUCCGUUCUUAACCUGAAACUGUUCUUAACCUGAAGCACCACUUUAGCUAAUGGAGCCUCCUGCCGCCACCGCUGCGCGAUUUCUGUUCUCAUCCUGAAGCAAAGUUCUUAACCCGAGGUAAUAUUUCUGGGUUAGUGGAGUCUGUAACCUGAAGUAUAUGUAACCUGAAGCGUAUGUAACCCAAGGUACCACUGUACUUGGUUUGUAUAUUCAGUCCUCUUUCCUUGUUUGAUUUUGGGCAUCCUUCACAUCAUACAUGAUCUCCAAUGUGAAGAUUCUAUUGUCUUGUUAGCUUUUUCACAGAGGGAGGUCCCCCCGCCCCUGCAGCUAGCCUGUCCAGGCACUUCUCUACCUACCUCUUUUCAAAGAUUCUGUAGCUGUAGACUUAGGAACCAGCUAAAUCACAUAUGUCAUAAUAUGCAAACGACUUCUUCCAAUUUUUAUGAUGUGUUGAUCACUAUGUGCAGUAUUCUGAAAGAGACUCCUGUUUUGCAAAGUUAAGUUAUAGAUGCAAAUCUUCCUUCUUUCCAUUCAGUUUCACUCUUCUGUUUCCUGUUCAUUUCCCUAUAACAAGUUAAUAGUGGACAUCAUUUCAGAGAGGAUAAAGACUUGGUUCCAUAAAUAAAAACAUAAACAUUUCUGGUUUCCAGUAGGGUCGAGAGUACAUCAAAUGAUAUAUAAAAAUGGCCUUUGGGGAGUGUGCUUUGGUCUCAACCUUGCCUUGUUCGGUUUUACCACAUACUCUGGCCUUAACAUUUACUAAAACUUUUUUAUUAUGAGAAGUGUAUUUUUCAAAGCAAGAGCUGUUUCCAAGUGCUCCAGUAAUAAAAUCUUCCUGUUUUCUGCAUUCUUCCCUGCUUCUGUAAUACUCAUUCUUAGCUCCCUCUCACUCAGAGCAGAAGUCUUGGGCUGGGAAUAAGAGGUGGCAACUUGACUGAAUCUGGAUGAAGUCUUUUUUUUUUUUUUUGAAAUACUACUUCAUACAAGCUAUGAAUAGUCCAUUACUCAGUUGCUGUUGGAGAUAGUGUAAAAAGUGUUUGCUUGAUUUCUUUCUUCUACUUCUGCAAUGCUGGUUUUUUUGGGGGGGAAUAAUAAGGAGCUACAUGGGAUCAUUUUAAAAGGCAUGGUUCUUUUUAAAUAUGAAGACACAUAUUUUGGAGUUUUGAAAGCUUUUGACUUGUAAACAAGAGCUUUAUCGCACAAUCUGUUCCACACCCAUAUUGUCAUCGGGAAUGUACCAGCCCUGAGGAAUCCAGGGACUGGAGGAUCACAUCUUUUACAUCCCUUCUAUUGUGGAAAAGUGAUAAUGUAUUGAAAACAGGAAUAUCCUCUCAUUAGCCUUCUUUAACUACAUGUCUAGGCUCGUCUCAUGACUUUUCAGGGGCUGGGCAAUGAUUUUUAAAAUUUGAAUAGAACGUUGUGAAAGCAGCUUUGAUCAUACUAGCUAUGAGAAGAGUCAGCUGGAGGAAUGAGUGUUCUCAUAACUUCCAAUAAGCUAUGAAUUGUUUGAAUCUUCUGUCACACAUUACCUGGACUGGCCCAUAUAAGAAUUUGGCAAUGACUGUAUUCGGAUUGAUGCAAAUCUUAGCUUAAGGUUGGAAAUGCAUGAGUUUAAUGCAGCUGCUUUACUUUUCUCUCUUGCAUGAGUGUGGAAACAAGCCAAGAAUUCAGUUGACCACAGCUUCCUGGUGCAUCUGAACUAGUAACCAUGGUUUAUAGCUUCCAAACAGGACAGAAAAAGAAGCCAUGGUUUAAAGUUGGCUUCCAUAUUUUGGAUUGUUGGAAGCCAUUGUCCAUAGUUCCUGGUUCAGAUACAUCAGGAAGCUAUGGUUAAUAGAGGCCUCCUGGUUUCCUUACUUGCAUAAGGAGGAGCAAAUGGCUAUGUCUGGAUGCUAUGUCUGAACCCAAUAGUCAUUACAUCAGGCUGUAGCAGAGGAGGGAGGAGAAGCGAGUCAGGGCCACUACAUCAGUGCAGCUGAGAGACCAGCAGCUUCUGGCACCUGUGUCUCAUCUCCUUGAAUUAACAAACAGCUGGUCAUUAGAACAACUUGUAACUAAGAACAUGAAAACAAGCAAAUUCAGGUUUCAUCCUCCUAAUCCAUUUUCUCUUUGUGUUGAUCAUUUCAAGCUUGAAUACCAGGUUUAUAAGCUGCUCUGCUAGCCUCUGGCUGAAGAGUAGUAUAAAACAUUUCUGAAAUAAAUAAAAUUUGUGCAUAUCUUUGUUUAUUAAGCUGAGACAUGAUUGUUCAAAUGUAGCCACUCGAGUGUUCAAAGGAAAUUGUUACAAGUGUUCUAAGCCAAGUUCAAGAGCAGCUUAAUUAUACAUGUAUACAAUGCAUGGAUUGAACCUAUCCUAAGCAAACAGUUUAUUUCAUUGGGAAUCUGUACUAAUACCUAUGUUUAAAUGCCUGUAUCAGUGUGAUCGGCACACAAAGAACAGCAGCAGCCAGGCUUAAACUCGGGAAUGAACACAUUAAGUAAACCUUGAACAGAAUUUAUAAAAAGCUGGUCUACAAACCAGCUAGAUUUUUUUAGUGGAUUAUAUCUCUAGGGGACCAAAACAGAUGGAAGUUGCUAGUUUCCAACAAAGUGGUUAAGCAUAAUCAUUGCAAUUUCUGUAGUGCCUGUGAAAGAAAAAUAUUUACACUGGUGCUGCUACAAUUCAUGGCCUCUUCCCGCUCUAAACCAUGUUUGCAAAGCAAACUAGAUGCAUAGUUGAAAUGCAGCAUUGCUUAUAGCACUUACGUUGGUGGUCUGCGGUAAUUAAUAACCUAAGUUUGUGCCUUCAGUCAGUGCCUCUGGUCUGCCUGAAGUCCAUGUUAACUUGCAGUGCAAAUAUUUGCAUCUUAGUGCUGAUUAAACAGAAGCAGUUAAUAGAUUUCAUUCCCUAAGAGCUUCCUAGCAAAAGCCCAUGUAUAAUUGAUAAAGCAGAGUUGCUUCCAAUGUCUAGCAGGGAUAUUUAAAACACCUAAAUAGAACCUUGUAGAAUUAAAGGCUUGCAUAUAAUGAAUAUGCGGCAAAUAUUUUCCUGUAGCCUGUAGAAUGUUGCUGAUAAGCUAAAUUCCAGUAUUGCCCUUAAUAGGCACUGUGCAGCCUGGAUGGCUAUUGUCUAUAUUACAACCUUGUGAAGGUGGAUUGGAUGGAUCAUUCUCUAGUCCAGGAUAAUACCAAAGGGUCUAAUAAGUUUUUGACUGAACAGAUUUAAGUGCAAGUCCAAAUCACUGUUCACCACAUAAAACAAGAUACAAGAGAGCAAUCCUGGGCCCUUCAAUAGGCAGGCAGCACAAAAAUCUCUGGGUUACCCAGGCCUGGUAUAAAUGCAGGAACCUCUGCCUGCUACUGUUCAGGUUCCACCUUUCACAUUUGUGAGCUGAAGAGCCUACUCCCCUAGUUAAAAUUUGAGUAUGGCCACUCAUGGCCCUGGGCUUGAUUCUUCUCGCUCCCAAAUAUGUGACAACCUGCUUGUGUUUCCUAACCAUUUCUCAGUCAGGUAAAGUAUUUUUUUUACAAGAUUAUGCUUUAGUGAGAGAGCUGCACCUGGCAUGAGGACGGUGCCUAAUGGGAUUAUUUUGAUGGCAAGCCAGACCUCUUGAUAAGAUUAUUUUCUGACAGCAAUGCUAGAAAUGAAAACACACUGCUUAUUUCCUCUCUUGGUGUUUCUUCCAUUAUUCUGGGAUUUAUUGCUAUAACAAAUGCAAUUGGUAAUAUAUUGGAGAAUAUAUUGUUAUGUUGAAGUUCAAAAGAAGAUACAAUUUAUGAAGGAUUUGGACCACAUUGGGCACAGCUGCAAGUAGCUGGCUAGGUCAAGUGCCAUUAUCCAGACAAGGGGAGAAAAUACAGCUCUGUUCUGUCAGUCAUGCAGGUAAACUUGGUUGGUGUCAUCUGGUAUUUGGUAUUGACAUUUCAGCCACACAUCAGUAUCAGCAGAAACUGUAGGAAAGAACCCAACUUCUCACAUACGUCCCAGACAUUCAUGAAGGCAAGGUGGGCAAAGGUGCUGCUCUGUUUUGAAGGAAUGUCCAGAGUGCCAUAUGUGAUGCUUGUACAAAUGUCAGUGGCAGGAUUUGUCUAUUCGCUCCUGCAUAAUUUUUUAAUUUUUGGUGGGCAUCCCAGAUGUGGGCAAUUUCUGCAAAGUCACUCAUGAGUAGUUCCAUUGAGUUCAGUAAGUCUUAACAUACACCUGGGCUAUGUAGAAAGGUCUCCUGAAUGAUUUGCACACGUCUAUAUGCAUAUAACUUACUUCUGAAGUAUGCAGCCGAUAGUACAUUAUGUUUGCACCAAGCUUCUACAACUGUGAUCUUUUUCUGACUGUGUAGAUCUUGGCAUAAGCACUAUUGGCCAAGGUUGGCUUAUGCUCUUGCUUUGUCUUGCAGCUGCCAAGGAAAGGGUAAGUUUUGCCAGUGAGUAUACAUUAGAAGUGGCAGCAAACACAGUUUGGGCAGGCUGGAAACUUACUUGGCUGUUCAUCUUAUGUGAAUUGAUGAAAAGUGGAACACUUGUAUAAACUGGCUGGCUCUUCUUUGAAAAGUGAGCAGGAGAGCCCAUGGCACCAGCUAAUCUUUCAGUGGGCAGCUUGAGACAGUAUUGGUAUACUAGUCAUAGUUGAGAAGGUACUGUCACCUGAAGUGCCUCAAGUUCCAGGUCAGGUCUUCUGGAGGAGGGAGCCAGGCUUUUAAGGUCUGGCUUGGAAUUUUUUCACCUUUUGACAUCCAUUCCUGACAUUGAUGGAGGAAAAGCCUAUUACACUUUGUUCACCUGCAGCAUCUAAAUUAGUCAUGACAAGCUAUUCGUUGUCUGAGUGUCUUCAGCGAACAAGGCUUGGAUUUGUGAGGCUCUCUGGUUGCACUUGUUUGGUGUUUAUAAAGCAAUACAUCUAGUUGCUGUAGUUGUCAUAGUGAAGUUACCAUACAGGAGGUGACUGGAAACAGAAUAACAUGGCUUGUCCUUAUCUCCAUAACCCAGUCCUUGCAGAAACUUCAAGUACCAGAUCUUGUAUAAAGCAUGUAAAUGUUUGAGAAGAAUGCUUAUUCACAAUGGCUUGCAUUUUGAGUGCUAAGCUGUAGUUUCCUUUGUGAAGAACCUGGUUUUAAAUUAUAGAACCUUAUAAGUUAUAAGCACGUGGUGUCUUAUUUCCAGUUUAUCUGAAAGUUGACUUGUAGCUUACGUCUUUCAGUACUCUUGUGUAAGAAUUUCUAUUUGCAGAGUAGCUGUGUCUAGUCUCUUGCAGGAAAAAAGAACAACGACUUGUGGCACGUUUAAAGACUUAAGCGUUAGAACCCACACUGUCCAGACAUCAGUGGAACAGGCUUCUUCCUACACAUUAGAACUUCCCCACCCUGUCUUUCCUUGGUGGGCCACCCAAAUUCUUCUUGAAGAGUUGGAGGAUCCUCUAGAAUAGAUUUGGAUUGAGGAAAGGAAGAGGAAAUUUCAGUGUAUGGGGGAAAGUUCCCUCACAUAGUUUUGGAUACUGUCCCAAGACAUUUAAUCCAUAAACAUUUAUGCUACAAUAAAUUUGUUCCUCUUCGUUUUGGUGCAAUAAUUUCAGGUGCUUGUGAAACCUUUUAGUUGCCCUAGUUAGUUCUUGCCAGCCUGAAAAUGCAAAAAAUGACUAAGUUUACUCAAAUCAGCCAUAAAACUAAGUUUCCUUUAGAUAGUAGGUUUUUGGGUUUUUUUUGAUAGUAGGUUUUUUGGUGUUUUUAUGUGUGAUCUGUUUGAUAUGAGCUGACAGUAGUACUUCAGCAAGUUCAGAGAGCUUGUGAAGCUGCGAGGAGUUGCUUUGCUCCUGGUAUAUCCUGCUUUAGUGUUCCUAUUUAUAGUAGCUUUGUUAAUGCAACUGAGGACUCUGUCAUAAGCAAUUGUUUUUACAGGGCUUUGAAGAUGAAGACAAUGUUUUCAUAGAAAGGGUUAGUUUAACUUUUGUUUGCAGUGCAAAUAUACUAGACUUGUGCAAAUAUAUUAGUAAAACAAUACAAAUGAACAGUAUUUAGGUGUAUGUCAUUAACAUAUAUAACCAGUAUAGUUUUGAUGAGAGCUGACCUACAGCGGUUUGUUUAUAUCUGGUUUCACAAAAUACGUGCCCUGAAGCAGCUUAAUAAUGAUACAAAAUCAUGCAGUAUCAAAUAAAAACUAGACUGCAGCAUAAGACAAACUCCAGUAGCAAAUGAAAACAAUUGCUUACAUUUCCAUCAAGGAGGGAAAGCCAUCUUUAAAAGGAAACCCUGAACCAGGAAUGAGGAACCUGCAGCCCUCCAGAUGUUACAGCACUCUAAUUCCCAACAGUCCCAGGCAGCACAGCCAGUGGUCAGGAAUGAUAGGAGCUAUGAUCCAAUAAUAUCUGGAGGGCCACAGGUUCACCACCCCUAGUUUUAAGCCAUCUCUCCCAAUGCAUGUAAAGAGCUAGCAAGCUUCGGUAAGGAGUCCAGGGCUGUCAUGAAGAAGGCCUUAGAUUGAGUAGCCCAUAGUGGGGCCUCUGUCAAAUCUCAGUGCACAGUAGGGUGCAUAUAGGAGGAUAUAUCAUUUGCUGUAUUCAUAGUAAGGAGGACUGCAAUGGGUUUUAAAGAUCAAAGACAGCACUUUGACUUGCCUGGAAACAUAGUGGUGUUCUCUCCCAUUGAAACCAAAGGAGCUUAAGUGAUUAACUUUGGCUGGGUCAUGCCCUUACAUUACUAUGUCAAAAUGUCUUGUGAAACUAAAUAAACCUUUACACUUUCUGAUAUGUGCUUAACUUAUGAGGUUAGAACAGAUGCAUUUUGAUGGCAUUUUAUUAUAUUCAGUCUUCGUGUUUGUAUUUAAAUUUUCAAGCUUCUCUUAAUUGAGGGCUAGAGAACAUGAACUUUAAGAGCCCUGUGCGCUACACAGAAAUGCAGAGAGGGUGUGUUUGGAUUCUGACGGUGCAUUUUGACUAUUGUUGUUCCCCAGUCGAAUGCCCUGCUCAACCAAAGAGUAACUAGUGAAAACAGCAUUACUUCUCAUGACUGCAGGCAGUUGGAGCCUAGGGAAAACAAACUUCCUAAGUCAGUGACUUAAUUAUAAUAUGUCGUCCAAGUAGACAGUUCUGUUUUUAUUGUGGAGCUGCCUCUGUUCAACUGCUGACCUGGAAAUGAGUUUCUUAACCGUAUGAUUGCCCAGGAGAACUUUUUAGUAGUCUCAUUAAUUGAUUGUAAGAAAUUGGACAUUGAGUUUCCAAUUUCAACCCUAAGCAUAAAUCAGACUCACAGUUAAUUACAACUUUCUGCAGUUCUUCUCCCUAAAGUCAUCAUUUAAUCUUUCCAUUGUUGGCUAAACAAAGGGUGAGGAGGUUUCUUUACUCGGAGAAAGGAAGUAGUGGUAUGUCCUGGACUUGACAUCCAUAUUAGGCAUAAACUAAAUAUAGGAGUAGAACUCAGGAGUGAAGUCACAUCUGUGAAUUUUCAAGACUGCAUGAGAUCAGCCACUGUUGUUGGAUGGCCUUCUGCCUCUUUCCUCUCCUACUUGAAUGUUUUUCUCUUGCCAUUAAUGUCCACUAGUUUGUUGCAUACUUUGUGGGUUUAUUUUAAAUAAACAAAAGUAGUUUAAAAUACUGAAUUCUGCUAAAAAUAAAGCUGAGCCAAACAUGGCUUUAAAAUGUCUAGAACACUUUUCACUGUGCAAAGCUUUACAGUUGUGAAGCUAAAUAGGUCAGGUUGAUAUACUGUCUUGCCAAAGGCCACCCAAUGAACCUUGUCACUUUGUUGAUUUAAGUUUGGGAGUCCUGUGCUGCUGUGUACUGUUAGCUAUUUUUCUGGUGCAAGAGAAGUGUCUUUAGAGGCAGAAGUCUUUACCUUCCUUAGCAAAAAUCUGACUGUAUUCUUUUAGCUUCUAAGGGAAAUGGUAUGCAGGUUUUUUCUAUAUAUAAAAAACAUGAAUACACUCAUGCUCCUUUUCAAAAGUACUGUUGACAUUCAGAUGGGUGCUACUGAUAGGUGUUUGUAGCAGUUGCACCAAUAUAUGGGCACAUCUGUUGCUGCAGUGCUGGUUAAUACAUCUGCAUUUUCUUAGUUUUUCUAAAGUAGUGCUUUGACAUAUUGAACUGUUCUGACUAGGCACUGUAUCCUAGGUGCAGAACGCACAGUGCAUAUGAAUACUUGAGGCUGUGAUGGUUCAAGAGAACUGCCUUUGGGUAUCUCAGAAUAUUUUUUCUGUACAGAACUUUGCAUCUAAACUAAUUCAUGAAAGGUAUACCAUACUACAGUGGUACCUCAGGUUAUAUACGCUUCAGGUUACAUAUGCUUCAGGUUACAGACUCCGCUAACCCAGAAAUAGUGCUUCAGGUUAAGAACUUUGCUUCAGGAUGAGAACAGAAAUCGUGCUCCGGCGGCGCGGCGGCAGCAGGAGGCCCCAUUAGCUAAAGUGGUGCUUCAGGUUAAGAACAGUUUCAGGUUAAGAACGGACCUCCGGAACGAAUUAAGUACUUAACCCGAGGUACUACUGUAUUCUGUAUUAGGUAAAACACAUGAAAUAACUAAAACUCAGUGCCUUAAAUGUUUUAAGACUACAUUUUACUUGUCUUUUUUCCUACCACCCGUAUUGAUUCCAGGGAUAGCAUACUACUCACAAAAGAAUUAAAUACAAUAGGCAGACAUCAGUAAAAUGAUAAUUAAAAGUGUUACGCUGAAACUGAGUUCAGAUUUUCUCUGCCAGUUUCUCCCUAGACAGCUGCUGGAUGAAAUCCUUUAUUUUUAUAGCUCAUCCCUCCAAAGUCAUGGGAAGGGUUUCUGUUAUCUGGUAGAAGUCACUUUCUUAAGUUGCUAAUUUUAAUUUAGCUCUGAUUUUUGUCCUGUCUUCACCAAGGGUGAACUAAGGAUAACAUGCUGGACCUAAUAACAACCAGUUUGUCUUUAAAGGUUCAAACUAGAUACUGUAAUGGCAUUAUGUUACUGCCAGUUUUAUUUUCAAUUCUUUUCCUAAUGAUCUCUAGCAUGGAAUUUGCCUUUUUCACAACUGCCACACACUGGGUUGACAUCUUCAUGAAGAUGUCUACUUAAAACAUAAAAGACUCCUGUUGAAACUAAUUUUCAGUCUAAAGUUGGUUUUAGUUGAAAUUCUGUAUACCCACAUACUUACAUUUUCAUGAGUUUGCAGUAAAUUAAUAAUGUAUUGUCAUGUCUAGCUUUGGCCUAAGCAAAUGACUCUCCCAAGAGCCGUAAACCAGAUUGAUCUGCUUAUAGGUUCCGUAUUCUAAAUUAUUCUUUGUUCAUAUAAAAAGCAUUCUAAAUUAUUCUUUGUUCAUAUAAAAAGAUUGUAGAAGACCUUCACAAAAGAUGUUCUGAUAUUAAGAAAGCUACAAGGCUGUAUGAAUAAUUGGCUGUAUUAAUAAUUUCCCCUCCCCAAUGCCCAGUGGUUCAGAGUAGUGGGAGGGAAUUUUCCUUCUCUUCCAAUAUGUAAUUGUAAGCUUCUCUUGCAUUUGCAGUGAGUCCUUGGAGGGGAAGGGGUUGUGCUACUGCCAAAGCACAUACUGUACUGUGCUAACUAGCUCCAAGGAGCAAAGUUCUUGGACAAUAGCUCUUCAGAGCCCUUGGUAAUGUGUAACAUUGAAUCCAAAGUAGCUCUUAAAUAUAAAGCAAAUUUGACAGCAGACAACCAUUUUGGCAAUUUCAUAAUCUUUCCACUUGGAACACUGCAGUGUUUGAAUUUGAGCUUGGUAACAUAAAAGGAGUCUAGACAACUGUUUCAUUAUACUGCAGAAAUGUAGCUCUUCAUGGCAGUCAAAAGCCAGAUAUACUCUGAGGCACUGUGGGACUUCUGCAAUGGUGGUAGACUGUGCUGUUGCCAUUUAGGUAGGAUUAUGGAGCGUUGAUACUCAUAACCACCUUGUGAGCUACUUUAGACGUGAAAGGUAUUUGCUCAAGGCCAUUCAGUAAGCUUCAAGGCUGAGCUGGGAAUAUGAGCUCAGUUCCCCACCAACAAAUGAGACUCUGGGUACAUUCUGGAUGGAUAUACCUAGGAUGAUGCUUACUAGAAGCAUUUUUAUAUCACUUAGUGAAAAAUGGUUUCCAGAGUGCCCCACAAAGAGAAACUAUAAAACAUUCCCUGCUCUCAGACUUGCAUCCAUGAUGCAGAAGGAAAAGGGAUUGUGAGGGAGGAGGGAAAAAGCAAGCUUAGGCACUUGUUAGUUAAAGCUCUAGUAAGGACUAGGUGGAAUGUAAACAGUUCAAAGGAGAGGAAGAGCCAGAAGUUGCUGGGGUCUCAGCAGAGCUGAUGGUUGUAGUAACCACCCCUGCAAAUUACUGCAUCAUACCUAUUAUCUAGUGUAUUUAGUAAACAUUGUUAACCUGUUCUGUCAAUAAAGCUUUGGGGCUUCUAUGAAGUGGUGUUCAGUGUUAAACUACUUAUUAUCUAGCCUCUGCAUAGCACUUCAGAUGUUAUCAAAGUGAAGUUUUAGAAGUGUUACUGUAGAAUUUAGAUUGUAAUAUUGUAGGUAUACUCCCCCUAGCUCCCUUUUGAUACAGGAUAUCAGACAAAACUGAGCCCAAACACCAAUUGAAAUGGAUCUAAAAAACCCAGUUUCAUCUCAGAGUGUGUGGAGAUGGCUUGAACCCACCCACCCAAUAACCUUUCCCAGGAAAGGGACAUUAGUGACUGGUAUGAUUGUCAGAUAUUCCAGAUCCAUGGAGGAUUUCUUAAGGAGAAGUCUUCCCACUGCCUCUUUCAGUGUCCUUCAAUGUGGCAUUAAUAAUCUCUCUGGCCCAACUGUUUAUUCCCUUCCUGCUUAAUUUUACCAGUCAUGAGGGCAAAAGGCAAGAAUGCAAGGGGUUUCCUGCAUGUAUUCGGGUACCUUGUUGAUAUCCUUAAUAUGUACUAGCUGAAACUAAUUUAACAAUACUGGAUCAGAAAGUACUUUCUUGUUGAUGGCUGUACUAUUCAUGGUUUUGCUUCCUUAGGUUAAUUUAUUCUCCUAAGUUGCUUUGAGACUUGUUUGGGGUAGAAAGUGAUGGAUUAUGUAAUAAUAUAAAUUUAUUUUACAUACCUUUGUUUUUAGAGAAAUUCAGAGCAGCAGUGGCUCAUAAAAGAGGGUGCGGCAGUACUGCAUUUGAGUUGUGGUUGAAGCAAGGUGAGGUCAGAGGGCCUCAGGGUUGGCACCUGUGCUGGGAGGAUGCAAUAAGCCUCCUUCAUGAGCCACGAGCAAGCUUUUCUUUUUUUUUUUUUAAUAGCUGAUCUUCUCUUGAGACAUAAUGCCAGAUGUUGAAGCAUCUCUGUCCAGGAAGGCUCUUGUUGGUUUUUGAAGGGCUGUUAGUUGUGCACUGUAGGAGAGCUAGCUGUCUUUCCUAAAGAGUGUUUCCAUUGCAUUUAAUAUUUUCUCCCAGUAAUUGUAUUUCUGUCAUGAAAGUACACUCCAUACAAGAAGUCUAGGGCAGCCGCGAGUGCUCAUCAGAAUCUUCCACCAACGUAAUGAGUUUAAAUAAAGAUAAUAUGGUGCAAAAUAUCUCAGCAGUUUUGUAUAUUUCCCUCUACCAAGAAUACAAGCAGAUAUUCCUGCUUGGCAGGAAUAAUAUUCCUGCUUGGCAGGAAUAAUAUGGUGCAAAAUAUCUCAGCAGUUUUGUAUAUUUCCCUCUACCAAGAAUACAAGCAGAUAUUUCCUGCUUGGCAGGGGGUUGGACUCGAUGGCCCUUGUGGUCUCUUCCAACUCUGAUUCUAUGAUUCUAUAGCCUCACCCCCCCGCCCCCGGACUGGAAAUGCAAGCUUGAUAUAGCGUAAUAGUUUUGAGAGCAGUAUCACACAGCAGGCAGUGAAUGACUACUUCCUGCAAAUGUUAUUUUAAUAGAUACCCCUUCUAUCUGAAAUGUGUGCCAUAAACAUAUAGCUGAUUGUGUAUACACCAAAUAUAUAUUUUUAAAAAGCUAAAGGAGAAACUGGGGCUCAGUUCUUUCAUGUAGAUGCAUGUAACAUUACCCAAUAGCUCUUUUUAAAACAGGAAAAGCCACUUCCAGAGGAGUGGCAGGAGGAGGGUUUGCUUUCUUUGUCCUCUUUCCUCCCAUCCCCAUUCCAAAUGUCACUUCUCAUCCCCUGUGGCUUUUUGAAAAUGUGGGUCCCAAUUGCCUUUUCAUGUUGCUGUUCUUUUUAAAGGGUUGUUUGUGUGCCUGUGUGCAGUGUCUACUUGGGUCUUGAUACACAGGUUGAUUUGGCCAAGCAGUAUGUUGGAUGUAUAUUAUUGUGUGUCUAUUGCUGUACUGGAUCCUGUCAAUGUUGUAAGUUCUCUUUUCAUAAUGUGGAUAAAUGGUAACUCUCCAGUGAGAUGGAUUUGCACAGAGCUGAACCUUGGCAGGCAAUCUUUCUGAUGUUGUAAAGUAUCCAUGCAGCUUGCCAUCUGUUUUGCUAUAAGGGCUUGGACCUCUGUUCUUCUAACCUUCAGCUUCCAUCUUUCACAUUUCAGCAGAGUUCUUGGAUGCUUUCAGGAGUAUUGACCUCAUUUGUCAUGAACUUGCACUUUUGUCCUUUUAAAGGGUCUGUUGACUCUUUGACUGUUUGGAAGAAAUGAGAUAGAUGGAAGCAAUUAGUCUCUUGAAAGCUUGGUGUGACACACUGGCUGCAGAACUGAAUAGUGGAACUUGGCACCAUCAAUAAGUUUUGAGAAUCUAAAAAUCCAUGGUAUGAACAAGUGGCAAGAAGUGCAUACUAAUGAUCAAGAAUAGGCGUAGGAUUGAAACUUAAUAGACCAAAGUUGCUGCAGUCUUGUCUAGUGAAUUUUACUGCUGUUUAUUUGUAUUUGACUAUAGGGCAUGACUAAAGCAACUGAGCAAAUGGGCUCUCUGCUCCACUACCUCAUUUGCUUUCACAGUAAGAGGAAAAUCUCUUCCAUUGCUCUGUGGUGAUAAUAAUUUGUAAAAGUUAAAGAGAAGAUGCACCAGUCAAAGAGUAAAAAGAUUUAUUGUACUUCAUGAAUUAUCAGGCAUGUACAUGAAACAUGCAUUACUUUAUUACCUGCUUUAAAGCAGGAGCAGAGGGCUGCAUGAGACCAUCCCCUGGAUAAAUUGCAGUGUUUCUACCUUAUAUGGUUGGUGCUCUGUUUGAAACCCUUGAUCCCUUUGUGGGAUGUGGAGAUUAUCUUGGCCACAGGCACAACCACGCAUUGGCAUCCUGUUCUACUGAAUAGAGCCUAACUGGCUCCCUGUUUUGCCAGUAUUGCUUGUUUCCAGUGAUUGUGUGACUGGAAGACAGAUUGCGCAACCCCUUUUUCUCAUUCCCUGCACCCCCAAAAAGCCUCUCCAGGACUGUGUUGCACGGGCUCCUGAAACUGGGUGGAAUAAACCUGUGCAAGCUUUAGUCUAAGUCACAGUGCCAUGAUUUGAUGCCACCAGUUAGGAGACAUAAAACAUAAAAUCUAGCACUGGCUUUGCUAACCAUAUGUCCUGAUCGGUUGGUUGCUGAAUAGAAAAUAUUAAAAUUGCCAGAGUAUCUUCUUCAGUGUGGGUGAGACGCAGUACUUGAGAAAUACUUUCCACCCUUUUGUCAAAUGCCUUGGCACGAUUACCCUGCCUUAUCAGAAAUGCUAAACAUUUUAUUCUUGUUAAGGCAUCAUUUCAUGGCAUUCACAUUCUUGGUGAGCUAGCAUUUGGAAUUGAGGUGGGUUUUUGAUUAGGAAAUUCAGGAAAUUUCUUCCUGGGUUGAACGAUUUUUCCCUGUGAUUCUAUUUUGUCUCCUUGAUGAAGUUGGGAAUGCAGAAGAGUUUCUAGGGUAGGGUUUAACUCAUCAAGUUAACUGAGCUUUGCUGUUUUGUACAAUGUAGAAUCUUUGAGCUUUCAUCACAGCAUAAAAGGCAAGACCCUGGCGCAAGGCGGAGGGACCCUCAUGGCAACCUAUUUUAUUAAAUCAUCUCUUAUUUACAAAAGGUUUAAAAUAACUAAUAAAGAAAAAACAACAUAUAUGUUGAUCUUUAAAAUGUAAUAACCAUAAGAACAGCAGGAAAAAACAGUAAAAGUUCACUAAACUCACUAAUAUCAGAGACCUUCCAGUGAUGGCAGUGUUAAUAUGCUUGCUACACAGGAUUGCUUGUAAAGUUUCAUACUUUUUAAAGUCUCACGUUGCACAUCUUAAAAGCAAACACCCAGUGUUAGCGAAUUCCCCCACCAAUACUCAAGGGGUGUAACGUAGGCUGGGAGAAAAUGAGCCGUCAUAGAUGGUGAGGAAUUUGAACUUGACAGUUGCAUCUAAUUCAGUGUUCGUUCUACCCAUUCAAAACCUUCAAUAACUUUAAAGCCCUAUACAGCUCAGGACCAUAAGUAUGUCAAGGACUGCCUCUCUCCAAGUUGAACCUACUUGGACAGUGUGAUCUUUAGCAGAGGAAAAUAGAGAAAAAGGAUCUAUUUGCUUUAUCUGUGCAUGCCAAUAGGAAACAGGCCCCAUUGUCUGUGUGCAGUCAAGCCCUGCCCAUCAGCUGGCAUCAGAGGUGAUAGCAGCUGAUGGACAGGUUGGCAUGGUUGGGUGGAAAAUAGCCUCAUGAGCCAAAUUGGACCCCCUGGCAGGCCAAGGUUGGCCUGUGGGCCACAGGUUCUCUACUUUGAUUUAAAACAUUUAUAGCCCAUCCUUUAGCAAAAAAAUAAUAUCUCGGUGACGUUCUUUGCUUGUUCCUGCUUUUAAUGGGAGCAUCUGGGGUAAAGAUUGCCUGCUGCUUUUCAUAUCACUGACUGCACAGCACAUCAGUCUUUGUGCUUUCAUAAUAUUGAGAAGCUUCCAUUUCCUGUGCAGGGGGUUCACCAUCUAGGACAAUAUGAAUAUAAAGUGGGAGAAUCAAAAUGAGGGUGAGGAAGGUUUUAAUGGGAAGUCAAUGCAGAAAAUAUGAGACUGUGUUGGACCCAGAAUGCAUUGCUGACCCCAGAAUGCAUUGCUGACCCCUGCUUAUUAGCUCCUGCUGCAAACCAAUGUGCAGCAAGAACUUCUACUGCUCUAGAUUUCCCCCAUUGAUAGUUCAGUUCUAAAGGGUCACAAGGGUGUCUUAAAAAAAUUCCCCAACCCAUUGUGGGAGCUAUUUUUCCAUAUGUAGCUCCCCUGUAUAACUGGUAGAAAAUCUACGUGAUCUAUCCAUUAACAUAGGUGGCAUCCAGUUGCAGAGGUCUCCCCCACCUCCUGCCGAAGCCACAUUUUGCUUGUAGAGAUAACAUUUUCAUUAUUAUUACUUUACUAUUAUCAGUGCUUUAUUUCAGGGGGUACUCAAAGGUACACAGUACUGGGACCUCUUUUUGUUGUUGUUGUUGUUAAAAAGUGUGGCGCUGAUUGUAACAACUUCAUGGUGAGUACCAGCACCUCUUCUUCUAUUAAGAAAACAACAAGAGAUUAAUUAAUUAAAUUUCUAUACCACCCUUCAUCAAAAGAUCUCAGGGCAGUUUAUCCUCUUCUGCUCAAUGAAUUGAACUGGAGUCAAGCACCUGUCACUGUGGUUGCUGCUGAAAUCAUUUGCUUGGCCUGUGUUGUCUUAGUAACAUAUGGAACCUCUACUUCUGUACUAAACCAUGUGAGGAGGGGGUGGUGAACACGUGGAAGCAGCAGGACUCCCAAGUUUGAACAGAGAUUUCCCAGGAAGUCUUCAGAUAUGCCCCAUUUUCUUUUUAUUGUCCACAGUAGGAAAGACUUCUGUUUUACUUCUUACUGUUGUGUUUUAAGUGCAAUAUGAAAUGGAUAAGGUGACUUUAAUGUAAAACUACAGUGAGCUGUAUAAAUGUGCAUAAAUACAACCCACUUCAUUACUCUGCAAGCAUAAAACACUCUGGAAAAUGGGACUAUUAACAUUAUUGUCUCAGAUCUCUUAUAGCUGUCGCACAAUUUCUUACAAUUAUGUAGCUCAAAUGGCUCAUUGAGUUCUCAUUUUUGAACUCCUUUUACUGAAAUGUGCAAUUGAUUCUAACUACUUGAGAACCCCUGAAGACUGCCGAAAUUCUCUUUUGGGUGUUCUCAGGCUUCCAAAACUCUGGUUUGUUUUAAUUUUUGUUCAAACAUACUUUUUAAAAACAGCUAGAAUUUUUUUGUUGGCAUUUUCUCCCCAGAAACUGAUGCUAACAAGCUUUAUACCUGCCAUGGUUGCAGGUAUCCUGCAAAAAUGGCUCUUGAAUGUAGACAGAAUCAGUUUUGAGUGCUGAAGCCAAUUUUUUCUUGGCAUGCCUGUAACAUUCUUCUUAUGGUUUGUGCUCAAAGUACACUUGGGGACUACAGAUGGGGAAAAGGCUUUCUGAGUUCAUAAGAAUGCAGUGGCUUCCUGAAGGCUUCAUAUCUGGAACUAGGUCUGGGUUAUAUUUUGGAUUCAAGCUAUUGUUUUGGUGAGAGCUUUCCAUAUCUUCUAAGACAUUAACAUUAAAGGAAAAUGCUCAUUUUAAAGAAUUUAGUUAAUGGGUAAAUAGUGAUCAGUGCAGGGCCAAUCAUAGUCUAACCCUGAACCUGCCUGCCUUUCUCUUCUUUACAAGGGGGCUCUUUGAUAAUGUGGGGGUUACAUACUUAAUGUGGGGGAUGCAUACUUGCAAUUCCCAACUUGUGUUGCUUUUUUCAUUUCUCUUAUUUCCCCCUUUGGCCCUUGGGACUUUCCUUAGGCCCUGCUUUGCAUCCUCCUUGAGUGGUUUUGCCUGGCUAGGAUGUGUCCUUGAACUCCGAUCAUGCUUCUUGCUUGUCUGGAUAGAGGACAGAGGGGUGUGUGUGUGUGUGUGUGUGUGUGUAGAAAUAAAACUAAUACUCAAAGGUAAAACUGCUGGGCCCACUUUUGUUUCUGGCUCCACUUGCCAUUGACAUGUGGUCCCUUGUAGGUUGUCCAGAAGGGAAAGUGGCCCUCAAACUGAUGUAUGUAGGAGCAAUUGUAUUGUUAUUGGCUGCCUGGACACGCUGCCUGGAUGUACGUACUGUGCAUACACUGGGGAAUAGGAGUUGGGAAAUGUGUUUAGAUGUCCCAUUGCUGGGGGGGGGGGAGGGGACCAUAACCAGGGCCUGAUUGCUUUGUGCCAAAAUGAACUGGGCUAUAUCUUUUAUUAUUAAUAACUCCAUGUUUAAUAUUUAUUUUCUGGCAGUAUAUUGAUGAUGGAACUUCUGGAAGAAUCUCAUUGUAACAUAGUGUUAAUUAGUAUUUAGAAUUUUAGCUUGCCCUUUCCAGAAUAUUCAGGAAAAGUAUUCCAUCAGUAUUGCACUGCGUUAAAACUGUUUUGGGAGAGUGCUUCUUGGAAACUAUUUCACUUAACAAGUUUCAGAUUCCAGAGAUUCUCCAGAAUGCUUUACAUCUGCAAGCUGUUAGCAUUAAAAUAACUCCCUCCCUUGUGUCAUCCUGGGAUACAAAAGUGCUGCUGUUCUUAAAACUACUGAUGUAAUUGUUUAUGGGUAAAGGAUAUUUUGUCACGAUGAAAAAUAAUGUGUUACGUUUGUGGGUUGUCGGGUGCUGUGUUUGUCACCUGUUCCUUUGCCUUCCCUACCAAAACAUUUGUAGUAGUAUUCUCUUCAGUUAUCCAGCUAUACUAGAGAUGGUAGUAAUUACCGGUAAAUUUGGAAUGAGGAAACACACUAAAUCCAGAUUUUGCAUUGUUUUGCUUUUUGCCAUGUGUCCCAGCACCACCCAUGUAGGAACAUAGGAAACAGCCUUGUACUAUAUCAAACCACUGGAUCCAUUUGAACAGGAAGCCAGUAUUUCAGGCAGGGGUCUCUGAGCCAAACCUGGUGGUCUUGGGGAUUGAACCUGGGACCUUCACCAAGCAAAUGCUCUAGCACUGAGCUAUGGCCCUUUUUUCAUAUUAAAUUUUGAAGUUUUGCGUCAUUUUAUUAGUCCAAUUCUAAUCUCAUCUAGACAAUUGGAUACACUACAGUUUGCUUUUUAAUAAAAGGUUUGCUAACCAAUGGCUCAUUAAAGCAGCUCUGUAUGGAUUUAAUAAACUUCGUGUUCCCUUAGGAAUGUAGUAGCAGCCCUUUUCCCAACGUUGAUCAAGAAGUACAAGGUAGUUCCUGAGAAGCAAUUCGUUUCUUGGGAUAUCAGUAGUAAUCUUCAUAAUGCCUUUUAAUAAACAUGUGAAAUACUUUGGAUUAAAAAUAGAACAGGAGGCAUGAUGGGUGGAUUAAAGGCAGACCUGCUUUCCCAACAUGUCACUUCAAGGGGGAAGAGUUAAAAUGGAACAAAGACCAGUUGCCAGUUAAGGCCACCUGCUAGAGCAGAGGUGGGCCACCUGUGGUUCUCCAGAUGUUGAACUUCAGCUCCCAUCUGCUUCAGUCAGCAUGGCCAAUGGCCAAGGAUGAUGGGUGUUGUAGUCCAACACCAUCUGGGAGGCCAUAGGUUGCACACCCAUGGGCUAGAAUCAGACAUAGGCAAACUUGGCCCUCCAGAUGUUUUGGGACUACAACUCCCAUCAUCCCUAGCUAACAGGACCAGUGGUCAGGGAUGAUGGGAGUUGUAGUCCCAAAACAUCUGGAGGACUGAGUUUGCCUAUACCUGGGCUAGAUGAUACUCCAGAGAGAUCUCCUUAAUCUGGUGAAGCAGGCUAGACAGUUUUGGAGCUUUUUUAAAAAAAGAGAGAGAGAAAGAUUGCCACUGAAGUAGCAAGUUUGUUUGUUCUAACUGGAAAUCUAGAAAGCAUUUUCUAAAGCUUUAUGCCUUCCUCCUCUUGACUCACUUUGCUGGGGCAUCUAGAUUGUCCUCCUGCAAUCACUUUAUUAUUCAGGCACAUCUGGUUUGAGCAGCUUAUUCAUGCUACUUGUCUGGAUGGUAGUUUGGAAGUGGUUACUUGGAGCUUAUAGCUUUAUAGAAUAGUGUGUGUCAGUGCAUGCAGAGAGCAUGGUUUGGACUAGAUUUUCAUGCCCUUUCCAGCCCUUUGGUUUUGGGAGUUGGAAAUCCCUGGGUGUUCUUGGCACAGUCAUAGUAAUUUUCCAGUCUCUGCCCAUUUCUGCUAAAUUUGUCAGAGGCCUUCAUGUUUCUGUAAGUCUCACUUCCCAUUUCUCAGUUGCUGGCUGCUUUUUUGCUUCGGCGAAAGCUAUCUUUAUACAUUGUGGAUUUGGACAAAUAAGCACAUGACUAAAGCAAUGAAUACCUAAAAUAUGGCUUCAGAUAUUUAGACCUAUAUCACCGGGUACAGAGGCACCACAGCAUGGUCUGAAAGAAGUGUGCAUGUGUGUGUCAGAGAAGCAAGGGCUACUAUGACAUGACCCCCCCCCCCCCCAGGUAAGAGUUUCUGGGUCACACAGUUGAGUAGGCUUGCCUUCAGCACAGGUUGUGACCUACUAAGCAAAAUGCAGCCCCUCAGACAUGUAUUGUGGUUUGCAUGGUGCUCUGUAUACCUGUUUUGCAUUCUUAGGCAGGCACCAAACCAGAAGGUGCCUGGAGGCUUUUCUGAGCUGUGUUUAACUUGGUGGGUCACAAGUUUCACCAGUCUUGAUAUUGAUGCAUGUAGAAAGCGUUCCGUCUUUGGACUGUCAUCUUGGACUGACUUUUCAGUGAGCUAACUAAGGCACACUGGUAGGUGGUGAGCUUUAUCAAACUGCUUUAUAAAUUCUAAAAUACUAGUAUUACACGCACAGUAAUAUAGCAGGUUUGGUACAAAAAUAACAGAACUGGUAAAAAGGAAAGAGAACUCAUCCUCGCUACUUUCCCUCUGCGUUACAAAGGCAAUUAUGAAAAGACUGCCACAUGAUAUUCCAAGCCCACAGUUUCUCUUAAGAUAAGAUAAGUUAGUUUUUCUAGAAUAGCAAUUUGCAAAGCUGCCUAGCGCCAUUGAUCCACGGUUAUAUUGGCUGAAUCCUUCCCACUUUGUGAUACCACUAAACAGGCAGAUUCUAUUAAAUAUAUCACCAAAGGUUUCAAUAUUAAAUUAGAAUUACUAUCUAGCAAGCUGCUUAUUGAGCUGAAACAGCGCUGAUGAUAACAGAGGCUUCAUUUAAUCUUUCAAAGGCGUAAACUUUUUAGUCUCUUCUCUUGGAGGAAAUGCUACACAAAGGGCUGAUCCCUCCCUCUUUCUCUUGGGAUGAAACUACUUGUGAUGCAACCUUCUGGUCCUUACCCUAUCUACUGAGUCACCUGUUCUAAUUAUGGGCAGUGAUGUGGGAUGGAAAAUUUUUCAGUGAUUUAUUUUUCCAUUUCAUAAGUUCAUUCAUAACAAUGGAUGGAUGCCAAUUGCAAAUACAAUAGUAGACAAGUCUGGCAGUUUCAAAGUUGUUAUUUUGCUUCUUUCUAGAAAAGAAAACUAAGUGUGCGAAAUGAGAUCAGUCUUGGGGGGGAGGGAUGGGGAACUUCCUGAGUGCUGCAUUUCCUCAUGGGCAAUCUUCCAUGGGGCCACAUACCAGUAGUUGGCAUGACCAGAGGCAAAAGUGGGCAGAUGGCACACUUUAGUACAGUAGGCUAUACUCAAUCCAUUCUAAAGCCAGUGGUUAUCUGACUUCAGGGACACAUUCAGUUUAGGCCAAAACACUCAAGGGAGAGGGUGAAGCAGGACCACUGAGGGGUGUGGCCCAGGGAGAGUCCCAAGGGCAAUAUUUAUUUCUAGGCCCGAGGCUUCCUACCCCAACUCUAGGGGACCUUUCUAGGGAAAAUUUGUAAUUUUCUGAUGGAAAACCCCUUUUACUCUAUCUAGGCAAGCAAUAAUUAACCCUGAAACUCAUACAGGUGGUACCUAACCCCAUGGAAGCUGGCAGUGAUCCAUUCUGGCACCACCACAUUGCUGGAGGCGCUGCCUCACACCUGGUACAUAUCUCCACAUGUGGUGGGAAUGUAUGAAAAUCCAGCCUUUCUGGAAUUCGAUAUUCCAAGAAAUUGAUAAAACAACAAAGCAACAAUUAGAAGCCAAGCCAGAAUUAGCUUUAUUAAAUAUAGUUUAAGAAAACAAUCUGGAUUUAUAUAAUAAAGAAUUAAUAAGACAUUUAUUACAAAUGGCAAGAUACAAUAUAACCCGACACUGGAAAACCCUUUCUGGUACAAUGAUAGACAUUUGGUACAAAACAGUUUGGAAAACAGCCCUCCAUGAGAGAUCCACAAAUAACCUACAGUUGACACAUGGACAGAUAAGGAAAAAAAUGACUUUACCUUGGUGUUUACCAUGGUUUAAUUUCAUAGCACAUGCCAGUAUUCCAGAAAAUGAACAAUCCCCCCACAUCAACAUUUGGCUCAAUCUGGUUGAACUAGAUUUAACCCCCCCCGCCCCCCCGGUUCAUCAAUAGACCAACACUUUGUAUUGUGUUGUUGGUAACAUAAUAGGAAAAGUGGCUUUUACUCAUACUUAAUCUAAGCACAACCACAAGGGCUUCUGAUUAGGUUUUCAGCUGUUCGGUGUUGAAUGUUAUCUGUUAACUCAGUUCUAUCCUGUUCCCCAUUUGUUUUUGUUUAAACCAGUAGACGAACAAACAUUAACUAUUAAUAUUGAACCAUAUGCUAUGGAUAUUACUACUAAUGUUUAUGCUAUUUUUGUGAUAUACAAAUAACAUGAGAAGCCUUGGUCUUCCAUUUGUAUCAUUUGUUAUUCCUAUGAUCCCUGUUUACAAAAUCCAGUGAAAAGUGUUUUUUUUAAAAAAAUCCUGAUGCAAAUUUCCCCAUGCAAAUUACCUUUAGUUUGCAAAUGAAUUUUUUUUUCAGUUCAAAACUGUUCUUGAAGCUCACAUCACUGCUAAUGGGUGACAGAAAAUGGAUCUGGGCAUCUGGUGCACUUGUAUUAAUGUUUUUUCCUCCUCUUUUCGCAGGCUGGAAGUGAUGGUGAAAGCAUAGGCAACUGCCCCUUUUCUCAGAGACUCUUCAUGAUUCUUUGGCUGAAAGGAGUGGUAUUUAGUGUAACAACAGUUGACUUGAAAAGGUAGGAAACAUGACACUCCCUCACAUUUCUACUUUAUAUCUGGUUAUCUUUGAGAGAUUUAAGUAAUAGGGUCUUCUUUCCUACACAGCAGAUUCUAGCUGCUGCUGCUGCUGGGAGAUAAAUCCUGUGCGAUUACUUUCUUGACAUCUUGAAGAUUUAUUAAACCUCUGUAUCGGAGAGUUAAUAUCAGACAUAAUAACUGAAGCAAGGAUAUGUUAUGUGGAAAAUUGGAAGAUGUAAACAGUACAGUGGUACCUUGGGUUAAGUGCUUAAUUCGUUCCGGUGGUCCGUUCUUGAAAUAGCUAUCAAUUUGCUUACCUUUCGUGACACCCCGAAUCAGCUGCCUAAUGAUUGGCCCAGGUGGUCCAAUGAGUAAGAUUUGAGCAUGUGCUUAAAUGUAUUCUAUCAAAACCCAUGGAACCUAAAAUUGCUAAAAUGUGCCUGGAUUGUGCCUUUUUAGCAUUCUUCUAACGAAGGAUAAACUGACAAUUACAGCUGUGUGCACUUGACAUUUUUGAUCCAAAUGUCCAAGGAUUAAUAAUUCUGAAGUGCAAGAACCCUGCCCAAUAUGGAUGUUCUCUGCAUUUUUCAGUUGAUGUGUGGACCAGAUUUUCCAAUAGCUGCUAUAAAUAGGCACAGCAGAUCUAAAAUACUUAGGCUCCAAAUACCUGAAAGACUGCCUCCCUACAGACCUCUUGCCUCCUUGCAGACCCUCUUGGGUGUUCAGAUAAGCAGAGAGGCCCCUCUUUGUAGUUCUGCUGUCCUCAGAAGCUUGGGGGUGGCUGCAGGGGCUUUGGAAAGGACUUUUUUGUAACAGCCCCUAGUUGUGGAAUUCCUUGCCCACAGAGGUACAUUUGGCACCUUCAUUAUGCAGUUUCCAUUGUAUGUGGAAGACAUACCUCUUUACCCAGACUAUAUCUAUUUAUCUAUAGCUAUUUUAUCCAUGGGGUCACGAAGAGUUGGACAUGACUAAAUGACUAAACAACAAAAAAUCUAUAGCUAUAUCACUGUUACCCUAUUCUAGGGAGUGUAAUUUAUUUUAAACUGUUUUAAAUAUUGUACCUUAAAUUGUUGUAACCCACCCUGGGGCCUUAUGGUGAAGGGCUGGUAAUAAACUGAAACAAUAAUUUGAAAUCAUUGUACAGUGGUACCUCGGGUUAAGUACUUAAUUCAUUCCGGAGGUCCAUACUUAACCUGAAACUGUUCUUAACCUGAAGCACCACUUUAGCUAAUGGGGCCUCCUGCUUUUGCCACGCCGCCGGAGCACGAUUUCUGUUCUCAUCCUGAAGCAAAUUUCUUAAUCCGAGGUACUAUUUCUGGGUUAGCGGAGUCUGUAAACUGAAGCGUAUGUAACCUGAAGCGUAUGUAACCCGAGGUACCACUGUACUCCUAUUCUCUGAAUAACCUGCAUGAAUAGGUGCUGUCAAAAGCUAAUGAAUUAUAUCUCUUCAUCUGCACAGCCUCUGUGGCAUAUCCUUUGUAAAAGGAUUUUGUCUUUACACCUCACAGAGCUACAAUUCCUAGCAGUCUUAAACUACAGUUCCCAAGAUUCUUCUCAACUCAGCUAGUUGAGUGCCUGUUGAAGGGAAUGAUGACUUGGACUUUAGGAAAAUAGCUCAGACUAAUGUGGUUGCCUGCCAUGUUUGUACUUCUGUGCUCAUUUCAUUGAAUGAUAUUUUUAUUUAAGGCAUUUAUAACCCACUUAAUACUUUUAAAGAAAUGUUAUCUUAAUAAGGUAGCUAUUCACAACUUCUCUUCUGCUUGUAUUGUAUUACAGCUCUGUUAAUGAGGUUCCAAACUUAUUUUUCUUUUGCUAACGAGAUCAGGAUUUGGACUUCACAUUGUGCUGGGCUCUUCCCGGUACAAAAGUUCACAAGCAAGCAAUUGUGGGGCACAGGAAAAACUUAAAUCUUGCAAGCUUGUUGUUCUGUGACAUGCUUUUUCCUUUGUGCAGUCUUGUUAAAUAUAGUGCUGCUAACAAGAGGUUAUUUCCAGUUAAACUCUGCUAGUAGCUAAGGCCACAAGCAAAAAUAUGUGUGGACUAAAUGGAGACACACUUAGCGCCCCCCCCCAAGUGCUCAUAGGUUUUCUGCUUCUCUGUAGUCAGUAAAGACAGAGGCUUCAUUCUUUUCCCUCUUCAGGAAUGCAGCUUGUGUUUGUGUGCAAGAAUUAGACUUCUUUUGUUGGCCAGAGCAUAGCUGCAGUGUGCAGAAUUUGUUCGAGAAUGCAGGGCAAGCUUUUGGCUUUGAUUUUUUUUAAAAAUUGCUUGAGGACUACUUUCUUUAAAAUGAACUGAACCCCCACCUCCAAAACCCUGAGCAAGUACUUGUCAGAUGGUGUUCCAGGAAAUCCUGGCAUUCCCCAUAAGUCUGGAAGCUUCUCUGUCAGCAAUAACAUUCAGGAAAGCAUGCAUGAUAGUUUACUUACACUUUACUAUAUGUUAUUUUCAAUGUACAUGCUGUAUUCUAGGGUGCAUUUGGCAUGACAGAAGUGCUAAAGUGGAGGCCAACAGGCCUAGCAAGCUGAGAGUGUUCCUUGCAGGAUCCCUUUCCAAGUUGCAAGGAGUCUUAGGCAAAUAAUGAAAGGUUGGUAAACAAAAUAGGAACAUAAGAGCAGCCCUGCUGGAUCAGGCCAGUGGGGCAUUUCGUCCAGUAGCCUGCUCUUACUGUGGCUAAGGAGAUGUCUAUGGGAUGCCUACAAGCAGGACCUGAGUACAACAGCCCUUCCUCUGCGUGUGAUCCCCAGCAACUGGUCUCCAGAGGCAUACUGCCUCAAACUGUGAAGGGAGAACAUAGCUGUUGUGGCUUAGGGGCCAUUGAUAGUCUUGUUGUCCAUAAAGUUGCCUAAUCUUUUAAAGCCACCCCAGUUGGUGGCCAUCACUAAAUUGAAGCAAGUUUCCUGAAGGUAGAAAUCUUGAAACCAGUUGCCUAACCUACUGACUUGGUUAUGUCAGUUAGUGAUGCUGCUGAGGUGCAGAAUUGAGAGGUUCAGAAAGGAACUCUUGCAACCCCUGAGCCCCUGUUAAGCAGAAUCCAGCCACCUGAUACGAGUCUGGCUCUUAAUCGGUCAGCCCACAUGAUUACACACUGCUGUUGUUGCUGAAGUGGCAAUGGGGAAGAAUUAUGAUGAGCCCCCGGGAGACCAGUUAGUGAUUAGAGCAGGGGUCAGCAAGGUUUACCUUGCCUGGGCCGGUUCACUCUAGUGGAGAUCCCUCCGUGGGCUGGAUCACAUGCCUGCCUGUGAUUUCCGGCAUCUGCGCCUGCGCAGACGCGAUUUCCAGCGUCUCUGCAGGUGUGAUUUCCGGUGCUGAGGAAGUGAGUCGCUGUGCUGCGCCGGUUUAGCUCAGUGCGCGGGGACUCGCUGAGCGGGCGGCUCGGUUCGGGGGCGGCUCUGGGGCCAGUUAAAUUACCCCUGUGGGCUGCUUGUGGCCCAUGGGCCUUAGGUUGCCAACCCCUGGGUUAGAGGAACCAUAUCCUCAAUGGUUCCUGAUGGUUAAUGGUUAAAUGCUCAACCAGAGGUUGCUGGACUGCAGCUUCCAUUUCUUCUCUCUUCACUAUGCUGACUGGAGCUGAUGGGAGUUGGAGUCCAGCAACAACUGGCAGACCACAGGUCCCCCUACCCCUGCUGUAGACCCUAAUGGAGGCUGUCCCACCAUCAGUUUAAGAUCACUAGGGAUUAUUGGUGGAGGGAUGUAGCUGUAGGUUUGUGGAGAAGGAAUUGCCCAACUUGGGUCUGAGGUUAAGCAAGUUAACUUUGCAUCUGUUCUAGUGCGAACCUAGUGGAACUUGUCUAUUACAAAUGUAUAACCUGUCCCAUAGGCUGCCUUUUUAUAACUCUGGUCAGCCUAUUGUCUGGGCACUUGUCCAGUGAAUCUUAAAAAAAAAAAAAAAAAAGCACCACCAAGUGACGCAUGCUAUAAUGACUCUCAGCUUGAGCCACUCCCUCUUUACUAGCCUGGAAGAAAUGGAAGUUCUUUUUACCAGGGUAUUUAUAGCAAUGUUCCAUAGGUCACUGUUGUUUGUUACUUUUUUUGGGCUUAACAGCCUCCACCCGAGACACACACAACUUGCUUUUGUCCUCUUUUGGCCAUCUCUGUCUUAUACUUCACUCUGAGUUGGGUAAUAGCCCAGAUGCUUAAGUAUUUUAUUAAGUCUCGUUAAGAACUGGCCUCUUGCUCCCAACUACUCCAGUCUAUCUCGCUUGCCUCAGGUGAGAGCCAGUGUCAUAAGAGACAGCGGAUGUGUGAAAUCCAGGUUCAAAACCCUACUUGCUUCAUGGAGCUCCCUGUGUGGCUUUGAGCAAGUCAGUCAAUACCUAGGCUGAAUCUGUCUCACGGGGCUAUUAGAAGACAUUGGGGUAAAUCCUGUAUCCUUCGCUGAGCUUCUUGGAGGAAGGAUGGGGUACAAGCUUGGGGCUUUUGUUGCAUGUAAAUCAGAGCAGGGUUUCCAGUAUAUAGAACAGUGUUCUUGUUGAGACAAGACAGGCACCCACAACCUGCACUUUGCAGAAACAACUGAUGACAUUUCUGUCCCAACCAGCUUUCCCAGCUGGAUGAAUAUGUCUUUGCUGUGGGUGUCUGCUUUGUAUUGUUUUUAGAUUUAUCUGGAGUUGUUUUUUGUAUCUUAACUGCUUUAGCUGCUAAUAUUGAGUUAUUUACAUUGUAUGUUGAGAGGUGUAUGUGCAAUGCCAUAAAUCAGGCAUAGGUAAACUCAGCCCUCCAGAUGUUUUGGGACUACAACUCCCAUCAUCCCUAGCUAACAGGACCAAUGGUCAGGGAUUAUGGGAAUUGUAGUCUCAAGACAUCUGGAGGGUUGUUUGCCUAUGCCUGCCAUAAAUAAACGGUAACUGUGUAAAUAGCUCACAAAAGUUGUAAACCUGCAUAUAUUUGUUGUUGUUGUUUUACUCACCUGUUAAUAGGCUGCAUGCUAUGCUGGUCACAGAGGAGGAUUGGCUGCCUCUUCCAUUUGGGGCCAUUCCUGGAGUGUGUGUGUGUGUGUGUGUGUUUGUUUGUUUGAAUAGGAGCUACUUCCCCAGCCCUGUACCUAAGGCAAUGGUGGGACCCACACACUGUGAGUUGCCCAACCUACCACCACCACUUGGGGACAGCCCUACCGACUAAAAGUGAAAUGUAAGCUACUACCUCUGAGCAGACGAGUGAAAAAUAAAUAAAACAAAAAUGACCUCCUAGCAAGCAGACUGAUGGAGGGGAUGGAGGGGUCCUGCUCCAUCCCUAGCCAGCCUGCUGCAUUUCUAUGAUGGUUUUGGCAGUAGAGGCCGUUUCUUCUUCUGCAGUUCUCACAGAAACCAUCCCUCCUCCACUGCCAGCUUGCUCACUUCCCUACAUAGAAUUCAAUGCAAUCUCCCACAAUGAAUUUAAAUUGUUGUUUUUUUAAAAUAAUUUUUAUUAACCGACCAAUCAAAUCAAAUCACAUCACAUAAAUUCCGAAUUACAAAGCCGAAUUUUAUAUUUUUUGUUGGGGGGGCCCAUAUUUCAAGUUCCGAAGGGGAUUCCAAUCAUCUUCUUGCUGCUGCGUUAAUAUCCACAAAUCUGUCCAAAUAAUGUUCAUAAUUCUAUCCAGUCCUAUCUUGCUGUUCUCACAUCUCAUCUUGUUCGUAUAUUUUUCUUUUUUUCUUUAUGAUCUCUUCUGAUAAUCUCCUUAAGCAGGUAAACACCAGUUAUAAUCCUGUGUGAAAUUUCCGUUCGUCCAAUCAUCAUGUCGAGAUGGUAUCCAUAUAUCAUCACUUUCAUAAAUAAAAGCACUCUUUCCAUCAUCAGUCUCGCUAAUCUGUCUUUAGUCCCUCUGAGGAGGCUCACCCACGGUAUGAAAACAAAACUAUUCCUCCUCCCAGACAUAAGCCUUUCGACAGAACUUGCCAAAAUGGCGACGCUAUUUUUUGCUGCGUCAUUCCAAAGCUCUUAUACUUUCCACGGUCUCCUUAAAACAUGCUUUGGUUAGAAAAUUAUCUCCACACAGUCUUAAAUCCUCAGCUUAAGUCAUUUAAACGGCAUUUCUGACUUGUGACUUGUGGGGGGGGGGAUUCUUGGUUAAUCACAUAGAGAAAAGAAAGGAAAGUUUUUCCCCUCCCCAAUCCAGUCCCGUUGCCGGACAUACCGAGCCUUGGUGUGUCUUCUCAUGAUUUAUUCCUGUUCCUCCGACCCGUCUUGUUUCUCAGAGAUCUCUUCGGUUAGCAGUCUUUACUCCCUAUUCUUCCUUGAAAUAUGUGCAUUCGCUUCCUCCUAAUUGUUUCUUUUGAAGUUGCUGCAGCUAGAGGCGCGAAUCAGAGACAGCAUCCAGGAGCGCCAAAGUCCGCACAAGGGCUUUCUGCCUCAAAUUCGGGAGUGGUAUAGGGCACAGCAGGCAAGGGCAGUCCCCCCCCACACGCUUGGGGAGGGCUGGGAGGCUGUUUACUCCCAUCACAGCCUCUUAGUUACCUCGUGUGGGUCGGAGAGAUGUUAUUGUCAGCCAUCUUCCGAUGCGCCCCUAGUGGCCCCCCAUGAAUUUAAAUUGUUAAAUACAAGGCUGGUAUAGUGACAGUGGUAUAGUGGUAUAGUGACAGGUUCCCUUCCCAUGGAUGCACAGAAGACAAGUUAGUAGUUACAGCAUGGUAGUCGUGGCCCAUACAGCUGCAUCACUUGCAGCAUGGGUGGGAACGCCUGUUAAAUGGAUGCGGUUUCAGCUGUGUGCCAUAGGAAAGGCUUAAAGAGCACUCGCUUGUGGUGAGUAAGAUUGGCCUCCAGGCAGGGGAGGUUUUUUUGUAAAUGGGAUGAGAGUUGGCUCUUUCAGGCUCUUGCACACCUAUUAUGUAUACUAGUAUCUGUUGGCAGGCAGACCGGUACAAACAAUGUCUUUGAAUUAGGUUGCCAGGCUAAGACAUCAUGCACACUUUUGAGUAAUAUGAUUACUCGCAUACACUUAUUUCACAUUCUCUCUCCUUUCCUUAAAAACGUCCUCUACCUCAGCCAGAACAGUAGUAGACUAUCCCUAGAGAUGCAGGGUAUGGUUUUGCUAUGCUUCUACAUAACAAAGUUGGGAGCCACCCACACAGCCUGAACCUACGGUGUUAAACUGGGAGCUGACAUUGACCAUAAUUCUCUGGUGCAGAGUGACUUUCUGUUGUUCUCUGGUUAACACCCUAAAUGCUUUGCAUUGGAAAGCAGAGUGGAAAGACGCUUCAGUUUUAUGCCAGGUGCCAGAAGGAUUGGUUUGGAAAGAAGAUGCUACAGAUUCCUAAUAAUAAUAAUAAUAAAUAAUAAUAAUAAUAAAUUUGACAUCAUUAGCACCAGAUGUGUUUCGCUAAAAGCUCGUUUAGACUGAUGCAAACAUGCAACAUAAACAGGUGUGGCCAACAGGGAAGAAGGGGUAAAGGAAACUGUAAGGGAACUGACUAGCUCUGUUGAGGAUGCUUAAGGGGGAUUGUGACAGCAGUAGGAUUAAUUUGCCUGUUUUUAGAGAGGGGGUGUAGUUUGCCAGAAGCCCCACCCCCUUUCAGAACUUGUUUUGACAUUUGCUGAGGGUUUGGUCUUGCCUGCUCCCAGAACAGAAUGCACCCUUCACACCUGAAAGGUAUGAUUUGCCACUAUUUUUCCCAUCUGAAAAGAACCUCCUCUAACCAAUGGGAGAAAUUGGAGGAGAGCCACUCCAGUAAUUUUCUGUAAUUAUUGUGGGUGUACACAGCAGUGUUUUAAUUGAAGCUUAAGCUACCUAAGGUAUGAAACUGACUCACAAAUCUCAGCAGCUUUUGGAGAAGGACAAAUUAGGAACACUUUGAGUGUGUGCACACAGUUAAGGGCAGGUUUGUGGCAGCUGAAUGUUCUGCUCUUAUUCUCUGCCAUGAAACAAAAAUCUGGGAGAGGCUGAAUUGGACUAGCCGCUAGAUGGAUCAGUGGUCUGACUCAAUGUAAGGCAGCUUCCUGUGUUCCUGAAUUACUGAAUAGUGGUUUUGGUGUAACAUUGCACAAAAUUCAUCUACCAAGAAAUGGCAUGACUAGCGUGUAAAAGAAAGGCCUAUUAUUGCUAGGCAAUACUUUUUAGGUAGGACCAACAAAAUUGUCUCCCAAAUACUGAGUAAGCUUUGGAGUUUUCCAAAUUAUUAACCAAACUAGCACUUGGGAGGUGGAGGUGGAGGAUAUGAAAGCAAACCCUAACAUGCAAAAAAUUAGGCUGCUGGAUGGAAUCCCAAGAUAACAGUUGUAGGAUGGCUGAAUUAGUCCAGUCUCUGAUAAUACUUGUGUGUAUCCGUUUAUACAUGGGAUCCUGGGGUGAAGAAGCAGUGGCUGAUCAGCACUUUUUGAUAACUUAAAUCUAGCUUUGGCAUGGGACACCUUGUUUUAUGGAGAGCCCUGUUUUCUCAUUCUUUGAAAAUUCUAAGCAGAUGGGAAUAAUGGCAAGACAUCAAGCUGUGGCUGUGCUUGCUUUCGAAGUUUCCCUUGUUCAGAGGAGAGGUCUGGUGGCUGCCUUGUGUUGAUUCUUUUCCCCUUUUAGUUUUGCUUGUUAGUUUAUACAUCUGUUCAGCUCCCCAUGGCUUUUCAGGCCAUUUGUUGUACCAAGCUUCUGCCUGUCCUGCUUGCUGCAUGUCUGGUUCAGUGCUAAAUUCUAAAACUGGUUUUGUGUGAAGAUCUUGUGUGCUUCUGGUUUACUAAAAUACUGAGUUAAUACCCUGCAAAGUGCAGUGCUGAGGUCAGUUCAUGAUUGACUGAGCAUCCCUCACCGAACCUCAAAUGUGGGAAAGUCAGCUAAGCUGGACAUGAAAGGCUGUACUUUGUCUUUUGCAUCACUGAGUGAUUGCCAGAUUUUUACCACUGGAAUGAUGGUGGGGAGGUGGUUCUCUUACGCCAAAUCCAUUCUGGUGGUUCACUUUACUGGUAGUGCUGUCUCUAGAGUUUCCCAGUGUAUGUGGUACAGGUCAAAUGGGCAUUGUGUGUGUGCCUCAAAUGGGCAAUAAUCUAGGGCAGUGCUAGACAUUAUUGUGGCAGGAAGCAUCAGCUAAACUUUAUUGUGGUGUUGGCACGAAGUGUGGAAGACGUGUAUAUACAUUAAGUGCCCAGCUAUGUGCAUGUGGAGAAAUCCAGCUUAAUUGGGGUCCCCCCGAAGGAAUAUAUGUAGGGACUUAAAGAUGUGUAUAUGCACAAUUUACUUCUGCCCUUUGCAUGUUUUGCAGCAGAAAGUACUGAUGUAAGACUGAUUCGCUUUGUGACAACCAGAAUUAUUUAGCGAAGGUGGAAAAGGCCACAGCAGUGCCAACAGCUUCCUCCAAUGUAUGAGGUUUUGCCCCUGCCUCACAAAACUGGAAGCAGCCACCUGCUGCAGGAUGUUGACUGAAAAUCCUAUUCAGGUGUACAGUAUAGUGCGCCUGUUUGUUCCCAGUGGCUCAAGGCAGCUUACCCCUCUAUACAGGCUCCCACUCUCUACUCCUGCUUUGAUCUCCUUUUAAAGCCUUUGUACACCGCUGAAAAUUGCAACCACAACGUUAAUGUUCCUUUCACUAUGUCCACUAACAGCACCUUUCCUCCAAUAACUCCCAUAUUCCCCCUUUUAAAAAGUCCAAACUUCUCAGUGUCUGUCUGAUCUCACUGUCACUGAAUUCCCCAGUGCACACAAACUUUCAAAGUAGUUUGCCCCUUCAUGUAAUUCCUUUAAGUCUGUGUUGGGGAAAAGGAGGCCCAGCCUGCCCCAGAAGGAAGCAGGCUUGAUGGCAGCUGAGUGUCUGCUUUGAGGAGCCUGGAUUGCUUUCCCCCUGCAGGUCUAACUGCCACUACAGUCUCAUGAAAUAGGACUGUGCCAAACAAAUCCACACUUGCCCUGGGUGGUGAAAUUGUUUUGAGCUAGGAAGUGUUACUGUCGGUUGGAGGGAAGAUUAAUGGCUGGAGCAUAGUAACUAAAUAUUUCCCCUAGAGGAGUAGCUCUAGUCCCAAAUUUGAUGUCAUAACCUGCUCUUGCACAUUUUGCUAAAUGGCUUGUUUUGGCUUAGCAGACCAACCCCCACAAUGGAGCUCCUCUCUCCGUGUUAGCCUGCUUGUGUGUGUAUGUUGUACUUCCUGUGGAACAGAGAUUAAGACAACAGAGCCUGUAUCAGCAGAAUGCAGUCUUCAUGGCACCAUACAGAUGCGUUUAGGUGUAGGUGGGUGGAACCUCAAAAAUCCAGUUAGCCAAAGCUGUGCCCCCGCCAUGAGCCAGAUAGGAUGCAUCACGUUAAAUGUUACCUGCAUGCAUCUAAGAAAUGUGCAAUGCAAGGCGUAAAGUGAGCUUAUGGGUGAAUAUGACACGUCCUAUGGAAGUGCAAGCACAGAGAGCUGAUCAUAAUUUUGCUGAUUUUUCUCUUACGGGUUUAUAAACGUUUCCCAGCUUGAAUAAUAAAGAAAUUUCUAGCUUUCCAAAUUAGUUUGAAGAUUUUACUACGUAGUCCUUAAAAGUAAAAUUGUGCAGCAUAUCUCUGGUUGGAUAUGUUGUGCUCUAUCAAACCUGCUGGCAAAGUCCUUGGAGUUUUGGAUUCCCAGCGGAGCCACCUUCUACCUCAGGGGCACCUCCAUGUCUUUAAUUGUCCUAAUUUAUCUCAGGUUAAAAAUGGUUUCCCCAGAGUGCUUGGGCCAUAACUGCCUUAUGUCUAAAGGAGAAGGAGAAGGCCAUCAGUGGCCAGUAGCCAGUAUGGCAGUGCUCUGCCUCAUUGGCCGGAGGCAGUAAUGCUUCUGAAUGUCAGUGGCUUGAAGCCACAGGAGGGGAGAGUGCUGUUGUGCUCAGAUCUUGCUUUUGUGUGCUUCCUAUAGGUAGCUGGUUUGCAACUGUGAGAACAGGAAAGCUGUACUAGACGGCCCACUGGCCUGAUUCAGCAGGCUCUAAUGUUCUUGAUAGCACUAACCAUGACCCUGCCGGAAUUGCUCAACAUACUGAAAAUUUUAAUGUAGACAACUCUACUCUUGCAGGAAACCUGCAGACCUUCAGAACUUGGCACCGGGGACUCACCCGCCCUUCAUAACAUUUAACAAUGAGGUGAAGACGGAUGUGAACAAAAUUGAAGAAUUUCUCGAAGAUGUCCUCUGCCCACCCAAGUAAGUGUCACUAAUGAGGGGAGGUGUAUUGCGGAAAGCUGUUUUGGUGGUGGUGGUCUUUGCCAAUUCUCAGGAUGGUACUGCUUAAUCCUCUAUAUUGCUAUGUACUCUUUAUGCAAGUUAGUUGCAAGCUUACUUCAUCAGCAAUAAGAGAUGGCAACUGUACAUUAUUACAGGCUUAGGGCCAAAAAGCUGUUCCUACCCUGUCGAAGCUAUCUAUGGUAUCUUUGUGCAACAGAGGCGAAAUGCAUAGGAUUUCACAUUUCUGACCAUGGGGUUUGCUUCAGCCAAGCAGGUCGUGCAGCCACACCAGUCAGCUUCUCCAUUGCCUUGACUCUCCCCUUUUUUUCCUUCCCAUCAAACUUCUCACCAAACCCCUGGGCUAUUGCACUCUUGGCAUUGCUCUUUCCUGCCAGGGUGAGCAAGGAUCAGAUCCGAAAGUUAACUCUUGGUUAAGCAUUUCUGUGACCUGAAAAUUAUUAAACGCAACAGACUGGCAAGCAGGUCUGAACAGAAAAGAGUCUUUGUGUCUUCAUUCCCUUGUAAAAGGAGAGACUAAAGGGGAUUGAUCAUUACCAGCGAUUGCCAUCUUAAAACUCAACAUGAAGUUGGCAUUACUGAUAUUGCCAAUGCUUGGGAUAAAACCAAGUCUAUCUUCUUAGUUUAAAGUCUUGUUUUCCACAAUAAUUUUCCUUAGAAUUUACAAACUCCUUAAGAGUACGUAGGGGUGUUCUUGUUCUGUUUGAAUUUCAUAAGGUGAAAUGCAGUAGUUUCCAUACAGACUAGUAACCAAUUCACUGUAUUUUUCUUUUCCAACAUGGCCCACAAAUUUGCCUGCAACUGGUAUCUUCUCUUUAAUUCUGGAGAAAUCCCCUGAGAUUUCUGUCCUCAUGCUGAACUUUGGACAGACUUUCAAGGCAAUGAGAUGCCUCUCUGCAUGGUCUGAGUGAUUUCCUCCCCCCUCUUCAUCCUUCUACUGCCUCAUGGGAGGGAGGGAGGAGGGAGUCUCCCAGACCUUGUGUCUCUUAAGUGGCACAGUGCCAGUGACAUCUUGCAGAGCUUUGAGGCUCUCCAGCACCUCUGUGGCUCAGCGCUUGCAUAGCCUGAUUGCUGGGAGAGAAGGGAAAGAAUUUGCUCUCUCAGUCACACUGGGCAUUAGAGUUGUUGGCACACCUUCAAAGCCCAUGUGGCGAUCACAAACGGUGACUGGUUGUGAGGGUCAGCUAAAAUGAGUGGACCCUAGGAUGUCAAGGUGGGUGUUCAGUGUCCUGGUUGAUAGCUUUUUAGAAAUCAGUCACUGUUUCACAACUAGCUUAAAUCAGAAUUUUAGCUGUACCCAUAUUUAUUCCAAGGUGAGUUGAGCAAGGGGUUAUCACUUUUUUUAGUGGAAGAAAUACUGAAAUUGUAUCACUAUGUGCAUAUUGGGACUUUCUGGAAUAUAACUUCAGCGCUAAACAUGUUUCUGAAGGCUUGUCAAAAAUACGGACAGAUCUGGUACUUAGACAAAAUUCUAAACGGUUUGCUGCUCAAGUAGCAACGUAUUUUUAAAAGUUGCAUCCAUUUAAAUAUUUCUCAGGGGAGGGCAGAGCUCCGUGUGCUAACUCUGCAAAUCUGUGGAAUUCAUUACGAGGGUAAAGCAGCAUUUCUAAGCCACCACACUUCUUGCGUAAUGUAAUUGGCCACUGCUUGCUUUGGCAAAAUUUCAGAUGGCCUCUGACACUGAAUGAAUGACUCCUGUGAGUUCAGGCAGAUGGAACUCUCUCCCAUGUGCUCUGGGAAGGGCACUGGAGCAUUAUGUUUGUUUCUUUCAGGUGCUUAACACAGGAACAAGGUUGUAGUUAUGCUGCCACUGUGCUCUUCCCAGCUUGCAGAAAGGAUGAAUUAAGUAGCUACAAAGGGAUGUUGCAAAUAAAUGCCAUCAGUAAUAAAACAUUCUGGAAGGAAAUAUGCCCAACUUAUAUGGUACAAUGCCAUGUUGCAAUUGAAAUCACACUGUAAAUUCAUAUAUAAAUAUAUAUAUGUAUAUAUGUUUCUCUUCAGGUACACAAAGCUUUCACCAAAACACCCAGAAUCAAACACUGCUGGAAUGGACAUCUUUGCUAAAUUUUCUGCAUUUAUCAAGAAUUCCAGGCCAGAAGCAAAUGAAGGUAGGGAAUCUAUUUUUGAGUGUGUUGUGUGGCAUUAGCUCUCUUUGCUAUCCAUCUCCCCCUUCAGUUUCUUAGCUUGCCCAAGUAGAGGUUUCUCCUAAACAGACUUCCUUAAGAGCUGAUCUCAUGUUUUGCAAUACAUUCAGCAAACGCUUGAUUAUCUUUCCUUAGAACUGCUUCUGCAGUAGCAGAGAAGUGGGGGAGCAGAAGGUGCUCAAUCUUUUUCCUGUGUCUUCUGUGUUCCAAAUUACCCAUACUGCUCCCACCUCCACCCCCGUUGCCACCAUAAGCUUUCAAAUGCAUGUUUACAGCUCUGCAAAGGAAAAAGUGACUGGUAGCAGAGAACGUGCAGUAAUCAGACAGAGUUUAACCCCCGGCACAUGUCCACUUCAAAUUGUCUUUUUCUGAACUAGCAUUUCAGCAAAAUAAAAAAAAAUGGAGUAGGGGACAGUGUCGUUGGUGUUUUGGUGCAUGCAUUUGAAUAGAAGGUUUAGUGAGGCUUUUAAAGGCUUCUGGACCAGGCAUGGGAAGUCUGGUCCCCCCAGAUAUUAUUGGACUCAAAUUCCCCUCAGCCCCAGCCAGCAUAACCAACAUCUAGAGAGCCAUAGGCUUUCCUGCCCUAUUCUAGACCUCAAGGGGCUGAAGUGGGCGAUUCCACUUCAGUAAUGGCAACGGGACCAACAUCUGUAUGGCCGCCCUGCCGAGACUGUGGUCAAGAGCAUUGUUUAUGACUUCUGAGUAGCAGGUGAGUUCUAGAGCAAGGCCAGAACCCUUCUGCCCUCAUGUUUGGAAGUAAACAAGGUAUGGCUCAUGCAGCCUAUCUCAGCUCUAAUUUCCUAAGUCUGGCCAGUGCUGGAGUCUGAGGCAUCAAGUAAAAGCUGGCCCUCUUGCCUGGUGGGAUGAGACCUCUGUGAAUGUACUUUUGUAGCCAGAGACAAAGGGAAGCAUAUAUCAUCUCAUGGAGGCAGAUUUUGGGUGCCAUUGGAGGCUGCUGAAUGGUAAACUUCAUUUGAGUCAAACAUGGGGCACCACCCCAAAAAACAAUAGUCAGGUGCAAGCCCUAUUGAAAUGAAUGAAGUUCUAUAGGACCCUGUGAAAUGUUGAGCUUUGUGGUUUUUGUACAUGGCCCUUUUCUCAGAUAGUCAGUAAAACUGACACACCUAGUUUGUGUAGUCAUGAGCAGCCAGUUGCUUCUUAUUUUAAAGGCUAAGGCUUGUAGCCAAUGUUAGUCCUACUCAGAGUAGACCCACUGAAGGACAUUAAUUUCAAUGAGUUUCCUCAGCCCUAAUUUUUAUCCUUGAAAUGGGCAAAUACGCUUCCUUUGUCAUUAUGCCUAAGGAUUGUCCUUCCAUAGCUUCUGUCUUUCACUCAUCUGGAAAAUACAUUAUGGUCCUUGGAACUGACUCCCACCUUUUGAGCAAAGGCCCAGCUGUUUCCUCUCUCCAUCCCUUGAUUUGAAGUUCCGGGCUUUUCACAUUUAAAAGAUGUGCCAGCUGUGUGCAUGUGCCUCAUGAGAUUUUUGUAAGUUCUGCUGACAACAAUGGCCCAUUAAAGUUAAUCAUAAAAUUGCCAAAGCUGCUAAAAAGCAUUGGAGUCAUUGUUUGCGCAACCACCUUGCUUAUGCUUAACAGCCCUGUUGCAUUCUGAGAGCAACUGUGUAUCCUCAAGAUAGUCAUUCACAUCUAUUUGUAUUCAACAGCACAUGCUCAUCAAAAGCUAGCAACUUAUGUUGCAUGGAAUUGGAGUUGUUGCCUCUCCAACUUCUGUUUGAAUUUUGCACCAUAAGUGCCUCUGGCCAGCUCUUGAUAACUAUAAAUUGAGCUCAUGCUGGAACUGCUGUCCAAGGAUUAUUAUUUGGCUAGGGGUGUGGAGAGGAAACCCUCAUUAUAGUGAAAUUGUACAGACACGAAGCAUGGAACCGCUUCUGAGUGAGUAUCAAAGAAGCCAAUUCCAUAGAAUCUGCUACUGCAUAACUAAGUUCCUGUGUUUGCAAUCUUUUGUGUAGGUUAAAAGUUGCACAUCCCACGAAGUGUGUCUGAAAAGAGAGGAAGCAGGUCAUCUUUUUUUCCAGCCCUUUGGCUUAUCUUGAUCAUGAAUUUAAAAAAGUUGGCUAGAUUAUAAUUUGAUAAGUCAUCUAGAACAUGUGCACAUCCAUUUGCAGUAUUGGUUCAGACAGUUAAUGUCUUGUUGCACCUUUUUAAAGACAAGUGGAUUUAUAGUGAUACAACCUUAAGUGUACUUGAGUCCCUUUCAUCAGAUGCACAAAAGGAAUGUUCAGUUUGCCUGCAAGCAAAUAUGCACAGAUACAGAAGGAAAUACUGAAAUACGAGCUCAGUAGGCUGUAAAAUGUGUUCAUAUGUGCACCCGCUUGCUUAGUCUUAUGUAUUCAUGUGCAUCUGUUCCUGCUGCUCUAUUUUUUCAUGGCCAUGUGCCCCCACUGUCCACAGCUUUAUACGUAGGUGUAUUUGUCAAUUGAAGAUAACAUCUCUUGCAUCGGAUGAAGUGGACACUGGUCGACAAAAGCUCAUGCCAAAACAAGUUUCUUUAAUGUGCCACAAUCUGUAGUAGACCAAUCCUCUAAUAGUAGAGAGGUGAGCAAUGGAAUCUGAAAGACACUAAGCAGUAGCCAUGUGUAGGAGGUGGGCAAGGCACUAGACUAGAAAAGCUGAGGUUCUUAUGGAUGCUAUGAUCUACACCAGGAAGCAGAUUGUGAAAAAAAAAGUAGCUAUGAUGAAUACCCCCGGCCAGCUUUUUCCAAGGGCCAGCUUUCCAUCAUUUAGGAAAUCUUUCCUCUAUCCUGCCAAAUCUACUUUCCUUUAACUCAGGGGUGGCGAACAUACACUCUUCAUGAUGCUGGACUCCAGCUCCCAUCAACCCCUGCCCACGUAUCCAGUGGCUGGGGAUGAAGGGAGCUGGAGUCCAACACCAUCUGAAGGGAUCCAGGUUUCCCGUCCCUAGUUUAGCCUAAAUCUGUCCUUUGUGACUCUUGUGAAAAUCUGCAAUUUUUCUAGCUUCAGCUCCCCACCAAUAAUUAGUGAGUUGGCUGGAAAAUUCUAUACUCAUAAUUUUUAUUGCCUGGUGUACCUACCAUUGGCAUUUUCUCUGAAAGCUCUGCCAUUUUUUUCCUCUUGUAUCAAACAGUGUGCUACCCUUGGUGGUCUAAAAAUGGCACUUAAACUGAAUCCACAGACCUAUAGACCUUGGAUUAUGUUUCCUGCUAGUAAAUGAGAAAUCUGUGGUUGCUAGGCGACCUUUUGCCACAGGGACCUCAUACAGCAGCUCAUUGUAAGGAAACAAUAUUGACAACAGUAUCUUUUCCAUGGUGCAUUUUUUUUGGUGGCUUUUGUACUUGGUUACAGUUUCUGCUCACUUUCUAUCUGCUUUUUUCCUUUGUGGCCUGUAAAAUACUGUGCUUAGGGAUGGAUUGGCCAUGUAAGUUAUUGCUUAAGUCAUUUGCAAGGCUGAGCUACUGAUGAGGAUUGUCUCAGGCUCACCUUUAACCCUGAAUAUAUCAAAUAGUCCCAGCUCAUGUAUGCCCUGUGCUGGAGAUCAGCAUUCUACAGUUUAGCUAUCUGUAUUUUGUGAUCUGUGGAAAUCAUGUGGAAAUGCGUGUUUUAUUCUGCAUAAUUCCGCUUCUGUAGUCAUGGGGGAGGAGCUGUAUAGGGCACUGAAGUCCCACCCACUGGCAAUCCUUCUCAAGUCUUCACAACCACAAGUUUAUUUUUCAUUAGAGAUUGUUUUUAAAAUUUUGCAGCAAGUAUCUCAUUCUGUGGCUUUUCUGGACUUGCAUGGAAUUGCAGCAUACACAUAGCCAUGAUUACUGAAAAUAAAUCCUGAUGGCAUUGAGCUUUGGGAAACAGAUAUAGCUAGACAUUAGUUGGAAGGCAAGAUGAAGGCACCGGUACAAGUAGGUUAAUUUCCAGAAUUCUGUGGAGUAGUCUUUGGGUACGGCAACCCUCUACUGACUCUCUACUUCACUUGGUUUCAGAUGAAUUUGCUUUGACUAUAAGCUGGCCUGUUUCUUCACUGUUCUGCCAAGUAGUGUCCAAUGCCAUUGCAUGCCCAAUGGCUGCUUCUCUUCUGAAUUGGAGCAGGUGGGGGGAGUAUUGCACACACCCAGAGGAGUUUUGCACCAAAUGCUCCAAGGAUUCUCCUACUCAUCGAAGAUAUUUGGGGGGGGGGGGGGGAGGAAAGGCUACUCCUGUGGAGCUUCUGGGAGGGAGCCAUUGUCUUGAAGUCAAACUUACAUCAGCAUUGGCUCAAAACUGGAAACAACACUGUUGUGACUAACACAGAAUGCAUGCAGUAGAUGGGAGAAUUCCAAAGCAGACAAUCCCACAGAAUGGCUCAUAGUUCUCAUUCCAGGCUAAGGGCAAUGCUUCUCUCUGAAUUGCCAUGCAAGAUGUACAGAGGUUAGUUGGAAUUCAUCUCAUUGCUGCCAGAGCAACUUUACUCGAUGGCACAUUGCUCCCACUAUGAAAUCUGAUCUGGGGUUUGCUUUUUCUACAUCUUGCAGACCUUCCUGGGUUCAGUGGAGGCAGAGCUUUAAGGGUGUAAAAUCUUGUUUGCCCUAGCCUGUAGAAGCAACAAAGCCUUCAUUACUUUGAUUCAUUAGUACUUGUAGACGCGGGGUUUCUUUUGACAUUCUAAAGUUUAGAAGUCAUUGCUUGGAUUGUCUUAGAGAAGGAGCAUUGCUGAUAGCCUCUUUUUGCAGGGUUACGUAAAUACUUCUCCAACCCUACAUUCUUUUUAUGGCCUUUCAAACAGGUGGGGCAAAGCUCUCUUUCCUGUAAGGAGAGAAAUGUUGGUGAAGACUGCCCUCUGCUGUUACUUCAAGAACUAAUAUGCAACAGUAAUGGAGCUUAAUGUUGAUGUUAGCCACUCUGAGCCUGGCUUGGGCGGCGGAGGGCGGGAUAUAAAUAAAAUUUAUUAUUAUUAUUAUUAUUAUUAUUAUUGAGCAGAAAUUGAGUGCUUCAUCAGAGCUGAAAGGGCCACAUUCUAAACGGCACCCCAAGUGAACAGAUUCUCCAUUUUUUGCUUGGUGGGUGAUUCAUAGAUCGCUUGGCGCUGUUUCCAUUGGGGGUUAGGUACGUAGGUUUCAGCUGUGAUUGAUUUAUCCAGCACCAUUGGCUUUCCUUCUUCCUUUUUCACUGGCUAACUCUUCCAGCCUUGGAGAGAGGCCUUCUGAAAACUCUGCAGAAGUUGGAUGAGUACCUGAAUACACCUCUCCCUGAUGAGAUUGAUGAGAACAGCAUGGAGGAUAUCGCAGCUUCCACCCGCAAGUUUCUGGAUGGUGAUGAGAUGACGCUAGCAGACUGCAACUUGUUGCCCAAACUACAUAUUGUCAAGGUGGGUGGAACUACCUUGAGGGCUAGUUUACAUGUGCACACAUUUGACGCUUGGCUCAACUGAACGAGAUAAUUUCCUGUAGUGGCAAAUGGGCUUUGGGAAAUUCUAUUGGGUGCCUGCACACCUACAAGUUGCCACUGAUGCUAAGCUUCCUAUUCAUUUUACAGGGAAGGGGCCAUACCCAAGUUGCAUGCAGAAGGUUGCAGGUUCAAUCCCUGUCUUACACUGUGUCAAAUCAUUGGCCCAUCUAUCUCAAUAUUGCCCACACUGAUUGGCAGCUGCUGUCCAGGAUUUCAGUCUCUCCCAGCAUUACAUGGAAAUGCCUAGGAUUGAAUCUGGGAUCUACCGCUCUGCUUUUACCACUGAGCUCCACCCCUUCCCCUGUAUUAGGCAAGAUGGACAAGUAAUCUGACUUGGUAUUAAGCAGCUUCCCCUCUCAUUCUUAUAUGCAGACAAGUCCGAUGCUAUUUUGUGGUUCUGGUUGCGGUCUCAAAGCACAAAAAUUAUGGGCUGGUCCCGUCUCUCUUUGGAUAUUGUAAAACAGCUGUUCUUCUCUUUCUUUGCUCCUAGGUUGUGGCCAAAAAGUAUCGCAACUUCGAUAUUCCCAAGACAAUGACUGGGAUUUGGAGAUACCUGACAAAUGCCUAUGGUCGUGAUGAAUUCACCAACACUUGUCCUGGAGACAAAGAGAUUGAAUUCGCCUACAGCGAUGUAGCUAAGAGACUCACUAAAUAA